AUGCCGCAGAGGAGGUUGGGCGUGUGGGUCGUGGCACUCAUUCUCAUCGCGACGGCAUACUACGCGAUAUGGACAGACACAAUCUCGGUAGACCGGUUCCGCGCCCAGGGCCUGUCCUCGGCCUCCUCCUGCCAGUGCCCCGGGCUACGGCCGGAAGAUGCGGCCGUGUUACAACAGGCGAGCAGCAACAACAGCAGCAGCAGCAGCAGCAGCAGCAGUACCGUCACCCACGUCACCCACGUCACUCGCACCCACGACGCCGCGAAGGCAGCCGCCACCAACGCAGACGAGUCGGACCUGAGGGCCGAGCUGCCCGACUACCCUCCCGAUCCCGAGUCCGACCAACAACAACAGCAACCACCACGACCACCACCGCCCGCCCACGCCACCUCGGCAGCCGCCCCCGCAGGAUCCAAGGCCCCGAUCCCGUUCAGGCCGAACCGCGACCCGGAGUUCUUCACGGACCUGCCCAAGGAGUACGAGCUGACGACCGAGGACGACGACCUGUGCACGCUCUUCUACACGGACGACUACGUCUACGGCAUCGCCAACAGCUCCACGCAGCUGUGCGGCGAGGGCUCCUCCGUGCACGGCUUCGAGGUGCCGACCAACCCGCACCACCACAAGCUCAACGGCGCCACGCCCGUGUACCUGAUGCAGGGCGUGCGCUGGGACCCGGAGCGGCGGCGCUUCGACGCGCAGUGCGGCGAGGCCACCGCCGACAAGGCCCUCGUCUACGGGCAGCCCCUGCCCGGCCUCUCGUACGGCGCGCCCCGCUCGACCGCCUGCGACAGGCACACGCACGGCCGCCAGCUCGUCAUCUACCCGGCCCUCAAGGAGACGUACGACAACGUGUGGCACAAGCUCAUGGAGCUGUGGCAGAACAAGGUCUCGUACGACGCCGCGCGCAUCGCCGUCGACCCGGCCACGGGCGAGCCCUUCCUCACCGAGGAGCAGGUCGCGGGCGCGCGCGUCGUGUUCCCGGACGACCACGAGGGGCCCUGGGACGACGCGUGGGAGAUCCUGACCGGCAGGCCGCCCAUCCGCUACAGCGAGCUCCCCGCCGAGGGGUGCUACGACGUCGUCGUCGGCACCGUCGGGUGGGGCAGCCCCUUCUGGACGGCGCUGCUCAGGACGACGUACGAGAAUUGCCGGCGCGAGACGCUGCUCACCUCCUUCACGCGCUGGGUGCUGGGGUUCUACAACAUCGACGAGCGGCCCUCGUCCGACGUGCGCGAGAAGCCCACCAUCACGGUCGUGCAGCGCGGGUCGACGCGCAAGUUCAGGGACUUUGGCGUCCUGAUGGAGAAGAUGCACGCGCAGCACCCGGGCUACGCCAUCAACGUCGUCGACCUCGCGCUCAUGGGGAAGAAGGAGCAGAUCGCGCUGCUGCAGUCGACGGACGUGCUGGUCGGGCACCACGGGGCCGGUAUGAGUUAUGUCAUGUUCAUGCGGCCCGACUCGGCCGUCGUCGAGAUCCUGCCGCCCUUCUUCCUGUCGCGCGGGUUCCGGUGGGUCGCGCGGAUGAGGGGGCUGGUGCACUUCAUUGGCAAGGCUAUGUGGAAGGAGGAGUACAUGCAGGCCGUCGAGGGCAUCCCUAUACCCGAGGGGUGGAAGCCUACCGUCCAGGACGAUGGUGAUGCUAAUGAGUGGCAGACCGAGGAGUGGAUCUGGAUCACGCACGAGGAGGUCCUCGGCCUGGUCGACGCGGCGGUGAAAAGCCAAUUGCAUGCUGUGGGAGAUCACAUGUAG